CAGCAAGAAAGCUAUAGAGAAAAUAACUUUUUGAAAGAUAAAAAGCAGUUUGUAAAUUAUAAAAAUAAAGAAAUGAGAAGAGAUACUAGAAGAAGCUAUAUAUAUUCAGAAGAUAAAGAUUUUAAAAAAUAUGAAGAACAAGAAGAAAAAUUGAAUAGAAGUUAG